CCGUUCCUUUCCCCGCAUGUAAAUGUCCCCUAAAUAAUUAUUUUAAAUAUCAUGGCGCGUUUUGAAAGUUGGAAAAACCUGACAUUUUUAAACAAAUGUCUAUUCGUUUUAACAAUUGUUGCAACAUUAUCGCUUGUCCUUGGAUUUUGCACACCUUUCUGGCUGACUGUCAGUGUACCUGACGAUUUUGCUACUAAGAAUUACAAAAAUCCAAGCGAAUUGAUAAUUGAUUUGGUUGAAACAAAUCAUUACCUAGGGCUCUGGCAAUGGUGCUUCGGUGGCAAUGGUUGUAUUGAUUUAGGAUUAAUUGCAAAGUUUGGAUCGGAGAAAAAAUACCAGUACCAAUGGGAGAACGAUUGGUACCAAAAAGUUACGAAGAUUAUUGAUUACUGGAUAGCAACAAGAGUACUUGCUUCUUUAGGAUUUGUUAGUGCUGUUUUUGUGACGAUUUUGCUGCUCUUGUUUAUAUGUAGAGGAACAGGGACCAGUUUAUGUCAAGGUCUAACUGUAAUAGGAUGCUUUGUAACUGGAGGAUUUCUUGUGAUAUCUCUGGCUGUGUUUGGUUCUGGAAUCUACAAUAAUGAUGACAUAUACAGCUUACACCAUUUCGAUAUUAAUCAUCAUCUGAGUUUUUCUUUUGGGAUGACGUGUAUUGCAGCCAUAUUGUACACAGUUAUUGGAACUGUUCUGACAUUUAUCUUAUGUACUGGAGGAAACGAAAGUGGAGGAAGGCACAGAAAAGCAUCAACCAAUGAACAUGCUUAAAGACUUGUUUAAUGUGAAAUCUCAAUAUGAUCUGGGUUAAGUUCAAUAUCGUAGCGUCUAUGUAGCUGCUAUCAAUAUAUAUGUAACAACUAGUCUAUAGCUACAUGUUCAAAAGUCAAAAUCUACGUAGCAGCUACGAUAUUGAACGUGGCCCUGUUGAACACUUACUUUCUGUUUGUUGAUAAUUAUAGUUAUUUGAAAUAUGUUGAAUGAGAUUUUUUAAUUUUAUCAGAUUUUUCUGAAGUACUUAUGACCAUGAUUAGUGGAAAGACUUCAUACAAGGACUGAGGUCAGCAGCUUAAAAUGAUGAGUUUUUACUUGUUACUAUUUUCAGGAUCUGUAAGACACUGACUUCCCAUUUUUGUUUAACUUUGAAAUUUUUUAUAUCAAGGUUGGAUGGACUUACAAAAUCUUUAUUAUACUUUUCUCAGGUAAUUCUUAACAUAAUGAUGUCAUAUUUAGUAAGCAGCUCAAAUGUUAUGAGUUGUAACUUGUGAGAUAACUUUAGGUAUGUCAGACAUAUAUUUUAGGUUUUUCCAAUACUUUGAAUCAUGAGUGUUGGUUUGCCUUGAAGAUUGUAUCCAUUCUUGUCAUUUUUCAAUUUUAAUUUACUGCCUAAACUUAUCUAGUUUCAGAAUCAAGCUUGAAUAUUGUCACCAAAUUUGCCCCGAUUGUUCAGGGUUCAACCACGGGUCCUAUAAAGCUGCGCCCUGCGGAGCACCUAAUUCAAUUUUAAUUUACUGUCUAUACUUAUCUUGUACUACAAAUCUACCAGGGAUAUUGAUAUACAACAGAUGUCAUAUUUUUAAUGUAUUUAAAUGUAAUCUAGCUGCAUUGAGCCAUUACAAAUUGUGAUAGUUGUAAUUAAAAAUGUCCUCAUCUACAAUAUAUUACUGAGGCCCCUCAUGGGGUGUUCAAGUUAUCACAUAAUCAUAAAUGUUUAGCCAAUAUAAUCACAUUAUCAUUUAUUUAUUUUUAAUAAAGAUAAUCAAAUAUACAUUUUUUUAAACUAAAGAUAAUCAAAUAAUCAAAAUACAUUAAUUGUUCUCAAAUAAUCAAAUAAUCAUGAAAUAUUUUGUCUGGUAAUUAAAUGAUCACUAAAAAAUGGCAAAGUAAAUCACAUAUCUAAUCAAAUACCAUUACUGAAUGUUUCAUGUUGAAACAAUGUUACCCCUUCUUUAAACAAGACUUGGUUUAAUAUGCAACCCCUUGAAAUUGUAUGGUUUUACAGUCAUGACAGUGUUCAAAGUAAAUUAUAAUGAUGAUGUGUUAAAUGAAUAAUACUCACGUUUUUUUUAAGAAUUAUUAAGUAUGUCUGCUUCCAACUUAACCUCGGGGUAGUUUAAGUACAUGGAGUAAAAAAGCACACACAAAAAAUUACCAGUUAGUUGAAAAUGUGUGCAGGGGCGGAUCCAGCCAUUUUAAAAGGGGGGGUCCUUACCCAGGACAAAGGGGGAGGGGUUCCAACUAUAUGUCACCAUUCAAUUGCAUUUAUUGUCCAAAGAAAAAGGGGGUUCCAACUAUAUGUCACAAUUCAAAUGCAUUGAUCUUCCCAAAAAAAGGGGGGUUCCAACCCCUGGAACCGCGUCUGAUAUGUGUAUGCUUAAUCAAGGGACAAUCAGAUUUUAAAGAGCCAUUUUUAGCAAGAAAUCCUAUUCUGUUGGAAAACAAUAAUGAUUGUCUACAGUAAGAAUAUAUUACUUCAGCUUCAUUUCCAGGCAAACCUUUUUGGAAUUCUCCAAUGCUCUUUACUUUUGUACUUUUUUUGGCUUCAUAUUUUUUUAUUAGAAAGUUACUUAUUUGACGUGUAUGUAAAUUAAACCCUUAGUGAACUGCUUUAUACAAUUGUAUAAACACCAAUGUUAAAGGUGUACACUUACUGUAUAAUUCUAGGUUGUACUAUUAUGUACACCAAUGUUAAAUGUGUACACUUACUGUAUAAUUCUAGGUUGUUCUAUUAUGUACACCAAUGUUAAAGGUGUACACUUACUGUAUAAUUCUAGGUUGUUCUAUUAUGUACACCAAUGUUAAAGGUGUACACUUACUGUAUAAUUCUAGGUUGUACUAUUAUGUACACCAAUAUUAAAUGUGUACACUUACAGUAUAAUUCUAGGUUGUGUUAUAUUACUGCUAUAUUUAUAUUGGGUGUUUAAUGUGUACACCUAUUAUACUUUUGUAUUGUUGUUGAUCUUUUGACUUUUGUCAACAAGCGAGACAUAGUGAGACAUAGCUAUCCUACAUUCUGUUGGCGGUGUCCACAAAUAUUCACCCUUUGAUUAAAGUUUUUGAAAUUUUAAUAACUUUCUUAAAUUAUCCUGGAUUUCUACCAAAAUUUGGACAGAAGCUUGUUUAUGAUCUUAAUAACAUGAAAGGUACCAUUUUUUCUGCACCAGAUGCGUAUAAAAUAGUAUCAAUAUUAAAGUAAAUUUUUAAAAAAAAAAUCCGUAUUUUACUUAUAAAUGGACUUAGUUUUUCUGCCAGGAAACAUUAUGUGGUUAAAGUUUUUAAAAUUUUAAUAACUUGAAAAAAACUAUCCAGGAUUUCUACCAAACUUGGACAGAAGCUUGUUUAUGAUCAUAAGAUAGUAUCCAAAAGUAAAAUUUGUAAAAAACAAAUUCCCCAUAUUUUACUUUAAUAUAAAUGGGCUGCCAGGAAACAUCUAUUAAUUUUAGUUCCUUGUGUAUGAUUCAGAGUUUAGUAUGACGUCCAUUAUCAUUGAAACAAUAUACAUGUUUUUUAAGGGGCCAGCUGAAGGACGCCUCCGGGUGCAGGAGAUUCUCACUACAUUGAAGACCCAUUGGUGGCCUUCGGCUGUUGUCUGCUCUAUGGUCGGAGCAGAAAUUUGGUUCUUGUUUUUCAGUAUUUUACAUAUAAAUGGUUAAAGUUUUUAAAACAAUUUUUAGAUUCAUAAACUAUCCUAUCCUGGAUUUUUACCAAACUUAGACAGACGAGCUUCUUACAAACAGAUAAGAUAGAGAGGAAUAUUUUUAUUAAUGUUUUUAAACAUUUAUGUUGAGCCUGCGAUUAACAGUAAAAGUAGGUGAGACACUGGGUUCUGCAGAACCCUUACAAUUUUUUUUAUUUUACUUACCAGUUUUCAAGGUGUACACCAACUUUACUUUUGUUUUGUUUUGUUUCACAUACUGUUGUUAAAGGUGUACACCUAGGUACUUAACUUUUACAUUGUUAUGUUUUAUAUACCUGUGCUACAGGUGUACACCUAAUUUUAAGAUUGUUGCUUUUUUUUUUUUUUUUUUUGUAUAGCAUGUAUACCAGAGCCUUGUGUAACAUAAAAGUGUAUUUUUAAAUUAAUUGGUAGUAAAGUUUAAACUUUAAAAUCUUAACAGUUAAAAUAUUAAAUUUAAAUAUCUCCUCUUAAUCAAGGGACGACAUCAAAAGUUUGAUGUAGGAUAAAAAAAAAAACUCAAUUCACAUUUUUUUUUCAUUGACCCACCAAAGUUGCUUAUCCUGCCUUUUACUCAAUGGACUCGAUGAAUUAACGUUGUACUUAAAAAUUGAAACUGUAUACUUUACUACAAACACUUUUCAUAUUAUUUGCCAAGUUUUAGGCAUUCUUCAUAGAAUAGUGUUUUUUUUUCUGAUUCCAUCAACUUAAAGAAAAAAAAUAAAUCCCGAAAUUGUAAGUAAAUUCAUAACAUGUAACACGCUUUGUUAAGAAAAAAUGGAGAUGGCCAAUCAUGGCACAGCGGAUAAUUAAAUGAAGUUUAUACAAACGAUAUAAUUCAUGAGGUUUUUCUAUUCUCGGUUGAAAAACGAACGUAAAUUAUAUAGUGUAGAUAUUAAACCGUUGGUUUUCCCGUUUGAAUGGUUUUACACUAAUUUUGGGGCCCUUUAUAGCUUGUUGUUCAGUGUGAGCCAAGGCUCCGUAUUGAAGGCCGUACAUUGACCUAUAAUGGUCUACUUUUAUAAAUUGUUAUUUGUAUGGAGAGUUGUCUUAUUGGCACUCACACCACAUCUUCCUAUAUCUAUGUAAAUAGAAACAAACAAUGUCUGUAUUCAUUAAAUCAUUUAAAUGUAUUUAUAAAAAGGUGAGUUUCAUCUUGUACAUACAUUUAGUCAUCCUUAAUUUCUUGAUAUUUUUUUUAUCAGUUUAUCAUACACGUUUCGUUUUGUAUUUUAUUUUAAAUACGAAUACAUACUACAUAUACUCAAGUUAGCGGAUUGUUCAACAAUGUUAUGCAACUCUAUUCUUACAGUAUAAAUUUAAAAAAUAAAUAUUCACCCAUUCAUAAUCGAAAAACAGUACAUUUAAUAAAUGUAAAAAAAGAAGAUGUAUGAUUGCCAAUGAGACAACUCUCCACAAGAGACCACAAUGACACAGAAAUUAACAACUAUAGGUCACCGUACGGCUUUCAAUAAUGAGCAAAGCCAAUACCGCAUAGUCAGCUAUAAAAGGCCCCGAAAUAACAAUGUAAAACAAUUCAAACGGGAGUUGUUCCUUAUAAACUACGACAUUUCUCUCAAGUAUUAAUAUUUAUUUAGUUUCAAACAUGCGAAAGAAAUAAUCUUCACUGAAUUCAUUCAGGUGCACAAAUGAUAUGAUUAGAGUUAUUUUGUUUCUAUCUUUGGGGGACAACUUCCUCCUUUUAUGGUAGCUACUGUGUGUGUUUUUUAGCAUAAAAAUAAUAAAAGAGGAAUGUCAGUGCAACCCAUCAUUAAUUAUUGUAAAGCGGGAUCAGUAUUAUGAAAUACUUUAUAAGUGACUACGACAUUGUAAGGAUUAUAACCUAUCGUAGGUAUGAAAGAAAUUAAAAGUGGUUCAUUUAUUCAUCCGUAUAAAAGCAGCACAUGUAUUUUAUUUUAUCCUUAUAUUUCUCAUCAUGCCGGGUACAAGAUAAUUGAG